AUCAAAUCCUCAGGGCGAGUCUCAGUAACUUCACACUGGGCUGUAUCUGCAUAAACCACCAUUUUCUGCAGGCCUCACAAAGCUGCUGCUUUCACUUAUGCGCAGAAUGGCAUGCUCGCAUUCUCCACCAAGUUGUAACACUGUAAGGGUACAAGGUGCCGUUUCCUGGGGUAAAUGGUAGCACGCAGCAGCUGAGGAACCACACAAGUCCAGUUUCUGGUACGACUGGCCCCAGCCAGUUUUAUUAUACAGAAAAUAAAACAAACACCAAAAGAAAAUACCUUGCCUGUCCGGCACUAACUAAACACAAGAUGUUCCUAACUAUCACUAAACAAAAACACAGAGUUCUCCAGUAAACACUGUAUAGCUCACUUGUAUCAGGAAGCGUGUUUCUCUCACAGAGAUCCUGCAGUCUUCCCAGGCAGUCUGCAUAUAUUAAUCAGGCUAGAAGCCCUAUAAGACUCUUGCACAGCUGAAAGCCCUGAUUAUUAUUAUUUAUUAUUUAUUACCAGUUAUUUAUAUAGCGCACACAUAUUCCGCAGCGCUUUACAGAGAAUAUUUGCACAUUCACAUCAAUCCCUGCCCCAGUGGAGCUUACAAUCUAUAUUCCCUAUCACAUGUACACACCGACACAUUCACGCUAUGGUUAAAUUUUGUUGGGAGCCAAAUAACCUACCAGUAUAUUUUUGGAUUGUGGGAGGAAACCGGAGCAACCGGAGGAAACCCACGCAAGUACGGGGAGAAUAUACAAACUCCACACAGUUAGAGCCAUGGUGGGAAUCGUACCCAUGACCUCAGUGCUGUGAGGCAGUAAUGCUAACCAUUACACCAUCCGUACUGCCCUCUGUGAGGCCAAAGAUCCGAACUGGGCCCAAUGUCUGGAACUCGCCCUAUCUCUCUCUCAGGGCCCUUAUCCAGCUUUUCCAGCAAACUGAAAAGGUUCUAACAAAACAAAAGCAUUUUCCUAGAAGUUUUUAUUUUCUAAAACAUGUAAGACAAGAACCUGGGACACACAUACCUGCCCUCAAACACUAUCCCAGUGUUCUUGUCACAAACCCCAGUAGUAAUGCCCCUUGUUGAUGCCCCCAGUAUUAAUGUCCCCCCGUAGUUUGCCCCCAGUAGAUGCCCCCGCUGCACUAAGGACGAAAAAACCAUCAUACUUACCGAGCCCCGUUCCCGCUUCCAGACCGCUGCAGUCCUCCUCUUGGCGUCCGCUCCUCAGUCAUUACUAUGAGAGAGACGUCAUGACUGAUGUCUCUCCCAUAGCGCACGCCGCACAGUGACAGCACCGGAAGCCGGAUCUCAGUACUGAGCUUCUGCCUCCGGCUGCCGCUGUGCAGGGAGACGGGCGCCCGCUGGUAACACAAUCUCAGCGGGCGCCCCUCAUCUCCCUGUGCGGCGCCGGGAGGGGACGGGGGACGGAGGCCACAAAUGACAGGGGGGGCACGGGCCCGAGUGCCCCCCCCCCCCCUGGAUCCGCCACUGUUUGACAGUAUACUGUAUAUCCAGCAUGACUGAGGCAUUCUACAGAUCCACAGGUAUUCUGGAAAAACCGACCUGUUCCUUGAGUACCGGUUUGCCCACUCCUCCUUUAUAUUAUAAAUAUAAUUUCCCAUAAACUGUACAUUCAUUUACAGUAUAAACUCAGUCUUUGUAAGUCCUCUCUUGCUCCAGCCUGCUUACACUAAUAAGGAACCAUAUUGUGCACCGUACAGGCUAGAACAAUGGAGCUUAUACAGCUUUGUUGCUAAGUUUCAGUGAAUGCACAUUUUACAGUCAACAUACGAAUGACCAUUAGCAGAUUGUAUUCUGUUAAUAGCAGAAAAGGGCAAAUGCUUUGUCUCAUAGCAACUCUUGGAGCACCUGAGUUCUAAGAGAAGAUCUCAGACACUGUCAUGUUUACCGGACGACAGCCGGCCUGGAAGCUGCCGACGUGUCACAGAGCGGAAUAAAUCACUUAUUCUCCAGCGCUGUGUCUGUGCUAGAAUGGGCACCAAUAUGAAACAACUGGAUGAAAAUGAACAUUGCUAUUUAUUUGAGAGAAAAGUGAAAUUUAAUGCAAAUGAAAAGUUGUCCGUGGAACGAAGUGAAAAUUUUGUAAAUCAAAAGCCGAUCCCAGAACGUAAUAUCUGGAGGAAGAAGCCCCCAGACUUCAGCGUCAGACUGUACAAGUCACUGAAUUUACCACGGAAGUCGGAGGAAUUUGAUGUCAAAGAGAAGAAAAACACAAGUCAGAUUUCACAGCAAAGGAACCAGCUGGCGGUGAUACCAGACCAUCAUUUCCUCCCCAAACUGAUGACUUCCCAGCAACCACACAGGUUUCUAACAAGAUUUAAAGAUAUCGGACCUUUUGAGGCCAGUGUAAUGUACGUUAAACAUGGGAUCUACCCGAAGGAUAAAUACAACAACCCAAAGCCACAUGAUUUUAGACAGUAUGAGACCGGCAUACCAGAGUUUGUUACCAGUUACUCCCGGGACCCAUUCAAUCUUAAAUUCAAAUCGCAGCGAUUGGGCUCGUUGUAUGAGCACCCACCAUUAGAAGCUAUGCAAACCAGAGCUAAGACAAAGCGCUUUGUCUUACAUAAGCCUGCCGAUCUGAUGUGGGAUUCCAAACUUAUUCUACCAAAGAUCUCCUGGCCACCCAAAUCUGCCUCAUAUACUAGACAUAGGCGACGGCGGGGAGUGUACAGCGCAUUCAUGGAUCGCGUUGAAGAAAAAUUUACAGCCAGUAACCAAUAAAAACUAUUUCACUACAUGUAUGGUGGAAGAAGAAUGGCUUAUGUCCCGCUAAUAAAUAGUCUUACAAUUGUGUAACUGGAAAAACACAUCAUUGAAUUUGAAUAAACAAAUACAUAUUCUCCAUACAGAAUAAGUUUACUGACUUUACUAAAUGAU